AUGAGAGCCGCGCUGCCCCCGCGGGCGCCCGUGGUGCUGUGGCUGCUGAUCCUGGGCUCAGCCCAUUAUGCCGCUGGAUCGGCCAGCAAUGAUACCUACUCUGGAAAGGGGGAACCCUUUUCUGGGGACCACAGUGCAGAUGGAUUGGAGGUCACCUCAACAAGUGAGGUUUCCCUUGUGAGUGAGGUGCCUUCUGAUAGCGAACUGUCCUCGGGGAUCGACUAUGACUAUGCAGAAGAGUAUGACACGGAGAGGCACAUAUCUGGCUAUCUUGUAGAUGAUUCAAUCAGAGUUGAACGGGUAGUUAAACCCAAGGAAAAUAAAACAGAAAAUGAAAAUACUACAGAUAAACCCAAAAGAAAGAAAAAAGGACAGAAAGGUAGAAAAAAUCGAAAAAACAAAAAGAAAAAUCCAUGUAAUACAAAAUUUAAAAAUUUCUGCAUUCAUGGAGAAUGCAGUUAUAUCGAGAAUCUGAAAACAGUAUCAUGCAAAUGUCAUCAGGAUUAUUUUGGUGAACGGUGUGGGGGAAAGUCCAUGAAGACUCAUAGCAUGGUUGAUGGUGACUUAUCAAAAAUUAUGUUAGCAGUCAUAACUGCCUUUGUCUCAGUUGUGAUCUUCGCUGCUGUUGCUGCUGUUAUUGUAGUCCAGCUUCGAAAGCGAUACUUCAGGGAAUAUGAAGGAGAAGCUGAAGAACAAAAGAAACUUCAACAAGAAAAUGGAAGUUCACACAUCGCAGCAUAA